UGUUGAACGGAGAAGACUUCGCGCUGCAGUCACCCCUGAGCAAACAUUUAGGCCUUUUCGGGUUUUCUUCUACCAAAACACAGAGAUUAGAAGAUUUUUGGGAGGUUUUACGCACAGCGCCAGAGCGUCUGGUGACUUGCGCUCGCUUACAGCACACACUUCUGUAAAAAUCUCGACGAGUUGGACUGUUUAGUGGCGGACUUGUUGUCAGCAGAAUGUGGGGGAUCCAGAGGACGCGGUAUGCAGACUGCAACGGCUCUGAGGCCAGUGAGGAGGCAGAGAUCGUUGUUAACAUCGGUGGGGUGAAACAGGUGUUGUAUGGGGACGUGUUGAAUCGCUACCCGGACACCCGGCUGGCAGAGCUCGUGGACUGUUCACUGAAGUCCUCUGAAGAAAUAUCUUUACUCUGUGACGACUACGACCCCGACACAGGAGAAUUUUAUUUUGACAGAGACCCCGAAGCAUUUAAAUGCAUAAUUGAGCUGUAUUAUUAUGGAGAGAUUCACAUGAAACGAGGCAUCUGUCCGAUUUGUUUCAUGAAGGAGAUGGAGUUCUGGAAAAUCGACUCCGAUUUUCUGGAUGAAUGUUGUAAAUGCCACCUGAAGGAGGUCGAGGACGAACUCGCGGAGAUCGCAGAGAAAGUGAGAACUAUCCUGGUGGACCGAGAAGGAGAUCCGUCUGCAGGGGGCUGGCAGCGCUUCCAGAUGUGCCUCUGGAGGCUGAUGGAGAAGCCGGACUCCUCGCUGCCUGCGCACAUAAUCGCUAUAGUUUCUUUCAUCUUCAUCCUCGUCUCCUCCGUGGUGAUGUGUGUCGGGACCAUCCCCGACCUGCAGGUGGAGGACGCGGAGGGUAACCUGUCGGAGCACCCAACUCUGGAGGUCAUCGAGACGGUGUGCAUCGGCUGGUUCACUAUUGAAUAUCUACUUCGUCUGAUCUCCUCCCCAAAUAAAAUAAAAUUCGUCCUGUCCUUCAUGAACAUUAUCGACUUCCUGGCGAUCAUGCCCUUCUUCGUGGUGCUGAUUCUGACCUCCUUCGGCGCAGGAGUGAUGGAGCUGGCUAACGUGCAGCAAGCGGUGCAGGCUUUACGCAUAAUGCGCAUUGCGCGCAUUUUCAAGCUGGCACGACACUCAUCCGGACUCCAGACCCUCACAUCUGCCCUGAAGAGCAGCUUCAAAGAGCUGGGACUGCUCCUCAUGUAUAUGGGCGUGGGGGUCUUCCUUUUCUCCGCAUUGGGCUACACCAUGGAGCAGAACCACCCGGACACCCUGUUUACCAGCAUACCACAGUCGUUCUGGUGGGCUGUCAUCACCAUGACCACGGUGGGCUAUGGAGACGUCUACCCCAAGACCACUUUAGGUCGGUGCAACGCGGCCAUCAGCUUCCUGUGCGGAGUGAUCGCCAUAGCGCUGCCUAUACACCCCAUCAUCAACAAUUUUGUCCUGUUCUACAACAAGCAACAGGUGCUGGAGACUGCGGCCAAGCAUGAGAUCGAACUGAUGGCGCUGCGCUCCAGCGACGGAGAGCAGGAGGCUGCGCCCGGCGCCCACAAACACGUCUGCGGCGCAGGGGCGUGGGACAACGCCAUGCGCUCCUGUCACAGCGACACAUACAUCCCCUUACUGAAGGAUCCCAGGGGAGGGGCAGGGAUCCAGACCCCAAGCGUGGACACGAGCUUUGAAAGCACAGCCGAGGCCACUGAAUAUUUCAUCUCAUGAACACCGAAGACUCUACAUCAUUAAAAAAAAAAAAGAUAAACAACAACAAAACAUCAAAUUCAUUAUUCAUUUCUGACUUAUUCAAACUCAACCCGCACACUUCAGGGUUAACCCAUGAAGGAGACAUGCUUGUAAAUAGCCGCGUAGAAAUAAUGGGACCGGGGAUGCUCUCCGAGGACCUCUGAUGCAUUUGAGGAAUCGCGCCUGUUAAAGUGACUUGUGUGUGAGAUAUGGUCCUGAUGAGCUGUGCCUCUGCGCAGUGACUCCCCACAGGCUCCGGGGUACUGUUUGAACAACCAGUACACAUGUAGACUUCUUAUGUAACUCCCCCUCCAUCCCCAAUCCUCCCCACACUCAUACUGUAGCACUGUAGCUUAUUCCCCUGUACAGAAAUAUAUAUCACAAUGGGUGUUUUUUUUUAAAAAAAAUAACAAAGAUUGGUUGCUCCUUUAGGAGAAAAUAGAGCCAUGAUGUGUUUAUAAAUGGUGUACAGGCAUCACAAACAAAAGUGAAGGAAAAAUGUUGCUAUUUAAUGGCAUAAAUUUCUCUAUGAGAUCACAAUAAAGUCUACAGACUUUAAAUGUACUCUAGAGACAGGUGAUGGUAGGGAAUAUAAAAGCAACAUAUCAUCAGUGCUGCUCUUUCUUGUUUCUGUGUGUGAUCUUGGCAUCAGUGUAAUUUUGUGUAACCGACACUGUAUGAUUGUGAGGUGAUGUAUCAGAUAUAAAAAACCCUCCAUUGUGCAGGAAUGGCAAAAGCAGCCACCGUGACCGGACGGGGUCGUGUUACCGACACCGGCACCUCUGAGGCCUCCUUGGCUGCAGGACACAGUUCCUGUGACGGGCUUAAAUUUUGCAGCAGCCAUCACUGCUCUGCUCCUCCCUGGAGGUUCAGUGGAAUAACUUGAACACCCAGUUAUGGUGUAAAUACGCUGGAGGUUAAGCGAAAAAUAACCCCACUGGUUGAGUUAUUUAACUUCUGAGCAGAAAAAAUGGAACUGUGAUUACAAUACAGAUAAAAAAUAUGAUGUCUGCCUGUAAAACAUGUGUCCCAAUGCAUUGCUGAACUUAUCAUGAAAGGAUGGUACUUUUUUUCCACUCUAAAUGGGCUUAGUGGACGCUGUAUUUAAAGGUUGCAUUUUCACAGUUUGAAAGGCCUCACCUCCUACACCAUCAGUCUGAGUGACAUGAAACUUGCUGCACAAAUAGAACAAUCCUUAGAAGCUGGCGCAGUAGGGUAGCUAUAAUUAAUAUUUGACAUGUUUAAUUCAAACGUAGCCUCUCAGAUGUCAGUGGUUUGAUUCUGUUGCAACCUGGGGGGAUGAUUUAUGUCAGGAUUGUGCUUCUGUGCCCAGUGUUAUUGAGUGAAAUUUUACGAAAUGAGCAUGAUGUGUUGGAUGUAAAUAUACAUGCCUUGCAAAAGGGUUUUCCCACCAGAACUCUGCAAAUGAGGAAGAAGAGAAGGACGUUACAUUGUCACGAUAUCAGAAUUUAAAACCUCGAUCCAAUACUGGUGUAAAAAAUGAUACUCGAUACCUCUUUCCAUAACAAAAAGAAAUAAAAAUCAUAGGUUAUAUAUGUAACUUUACUUUUGAUACUAUUGAAUAUAUGAUAAUGAGAGAUCGUAUUAUUUUAAACGUGUGCUAUUGAAAAAGUAUGGAAGUAUUGAUCCAGUAUUGAUCCUUCUGACAACCUAGCAGGCAAGCUGAAAGUGAAAUGGUGCAUUGGAAGAAGGUUGGAUGUAUUUGCCCUCAGCUACAGGAUGUGAGUUCAACUUUCAACUGAAUCAACCUGAAUAUUUCCCCUCACCUGAGGAAAACUGCAUAGUGGUGGUUUACAUCCCUUUUUCUACCUGAUAACCUCCAAACUCCAAAUCUGCUCUUCAGAAAUCGCUCAUCAUGUUCCAAAUGUGUUCAUUUAAAUAGAUUUGAAACUGGAUGUUAUUUAAAGGUAUUGAUUCUACAGUACAAAAGUGGACAUUGUCAUUUUUUUUUUUUUUAGAAAACUGAGUCAGUUCAGUAGAUGGGUUUGGAGAAGUGCAUUCAAUGUGACCAGACAAGCACUUAGAGCUGCAGAGGCUGAACAUUUCAACCAUUUAUCCAUUACGCCAAUUUGUAGCUAAUUGUUCAUGCAUUAAUUAAAAUUCACCAUUUCAACUGUUUAUCAUUAGCUUUAGCAUUAGCUAAUUAUUUGUCUAUUCAUUAUGUUUAGCUUAUUAUUUGUUUAUCUAUUACUUUUAACAAACUAUUUGUUUAUCCAUUAUUUUUAGCUAAAUAUUUCAACUGUUAGCCGACUUUUAGCUAUUUGUUUAUCCAUUACUUAAAUGUAUGAAAUAGUUAAAAGAUAUACU